AUGCAACCUCCAGGAUAUAUUUCAGGGCGUUUGGGUCAUUGCACCAUGUUUGGGAGUGGUACAUGGCAGAGCGUCGGUGGAACGAGAAGCGUCGGAGUGACUGUAAGCGGCUGUGGGGAAGCAAUUUUGAGAGCGAAUUUCGCUCGAUCACUUGCUGAUCGAUUGUUGAAGAAAGAUUGUGAAGAAUUACCAUCGUCAGUGGUGCAUUCGUUUUUUGAGCAUGAGUUUCUCCACUCAAACGUAAUGCCAGCUUCAACCUCUUACCGCUUAUACGCGGGUGGAUUGGUGGUGCUUCAGCAAGAAGACGAGCCUAAUGAACUGAUAGUGUUUCAUAAUACUCCAGUUCUUCCUUUUGCCUAUCGGUCAGUCGGAUCAGUUGUACGGAAAACGUUUGUCAAAACUGCCUGCUGGCUCCAACAUCUUAGUAGAAUCUUAUCCUUGUCGGUG